GGCCCUUUAAGUCAGCAUGGUUGAAAUCCCCAGCUAUGAUGAGAAAAGCAUCAGGGUGUGCUGUCAGCUGCUCACUGAUGUGCUGGUGCAGUUCAUUUAGUGCAUCGUUCCUGUUCGGGGGAAUUUUAGCAACUUCCCUUGAAAAUUAGUUGGCAACCCUGGUUAAGAAAAAGAGUUAUGAAAGUGGCGAUCAUAGACAUAAUAUGCACACAGGAUGUAACACGCCAAAAAAAAAAAAACGGAAGAAGAAGAGUUCUGAAAGUUCUUAUCUGAGUCGCACCCUGCAGAUUUUUUUAGAAAUCCACACGAAGGCUCUUUGCGGACUUUCAGAGGAAUCAUGUUGGGAUCAGUGGUUGUAGGUAUAGGCAUCGCAGGAUGUGCGCGGAUGAGAGAUUUACUCGCUCCUCUGCCGUCCAGCUCUGCUGAGAAGUUCAGCAUCAAGGGCUUUGUGUCCAGGAGGAGUCUUGAAGAUCAGCAGGGUGUGAAGCAGAUCUCCAUGACCGAGGCGUUGAGCAGAGAUGACAUCCAUGUGGCGUUCAUAUGCACGGAAAACACCAGCCAUGAAGAGCACAUCAGGCAGUUUCUGGAGGCGGGAAAGCAUGUGUGUGUUGAGUAUCCCGUAACCCUCAGCUACACGUCUGCAGUAGAUCUGUGGAGUCUGGCUCAGCAGAAGGGCCUGGUGCUGCAUGAAGAACAUAUUGAACUCCUCACUCCUGAAUUUAAACAGCUGAAAAAAGACAUAGCUGGGAAAACUCUGGAGGAGGGAACGCUGCGCUUCACAGCUGGAUCCCUGAAGCCAAAUUUUGGGUUCCCGUCUUUCAGCGGUAUUUCCAGACUGACCUGGUUGGUUGAUCUUUUCGGGGAGCUCACGGUUACUGCAGCAUCUCUAGUGGAGGAGAAAGAGAACAAAUACAUGAAGAUGACGGCACACUUACUGACCCAGCAGCAGAAGCCUCUAACUUGGAGAGAGCGGGGUCCCGGACUGGGCAGAGCCAAACACAUACACCUUCACUUCCAGGACGCCAGCAUCACGGAGCUUCCUGCAGGUCAGCGGGAGCCGGUCGGUCUGUUCAUGCAGGAUCUGGUGCUGUUCGGCCGGAAGCUGCAGGGUGAAGUGUCUGCUGCUGAGCUCCAGGAGGAGAGGAGCAGGAUCUUACACUGUCAGCAGCUGGCAGACCGCAUCCAGCAGCUCAGUGAACACACUCAGGCCUGAACCUGAACCUCUCCACACUGCAUCUUCACUAAAUAAGAAGAAAUGAGUCAGUUAACCCACUGUGGGCAUGAGUUCAGUCUUUCUCUGUGUGGAAUUGUGGAAUUGAUGUAGACUGUGGUGUAGAGACAGACGACUAGAGUGGAAAAUAAUAUUAAAAUAAAUGAAUAUAUAGAUUUAUUUUCAUUUUGAAUUUUUUAACAAUGAAAAUCAGUUUGCUGAUCAGUUGCAUUUUAUGGUAAGGCAAUUGCGACUUUUUAUUUAACAAUUCUGUUUUUUUUUUUUUUUUUUUAUGCUUUGCAUAAAAGUAAAGCUUGUGAGAUAAAAAAAGAUUUGGUACAUUUUUUUUGUUUUUUUUUUAUCCCAUGGUGGAAACAAGCUUCCAUUCUUUUUAAAUUAAAAAAUAACUACUUAAAAAAACCUAACAUAAGAGUAUGACUUGAAAUUUGUUCUGUUCCUCACAAAAAAGGACCACAUUUAUACUCUUUAUGCCCUUUUUAGACCUUGACAGAUAUUUUAGAUGAAAUAUGAUUUUUUUCAGUCUUGAAGAUUAAAGUGAUUAAAAACAUGUAAUGUAAUUCUAUCAGCAUAAGCUUUAAAGUUUUUAAUUUGUAGAUGUAAUUAAUAGUUGUGUGUAUAUGUAACUAGUGGGCCACAUCAGGAUAUGCAGUAACAGCUCAUUCCUUUAUUGCAUCCUGUAACUCCUAACUCUAGUUAUUGAUUAAUGUAACAUGGUUAACUUGCUAUCAGACAAAAAGGGAUGAUUUCUGCUGAUGACUUUUUUACAGUUUUGUAGAUGAAUUGGUAUUUAGUAUGUGACUUCUACACCGAGUUGUGCUUUAGGGCAGCACAUUUGCACCAAAUUUCAUAUAGCCGUUUCAGACAAAUGAUUCUCCAAGGCACUGUAAAAUAUUUAUGGACUCUUGUUUGGUUUGAUACAUCAUGUCAUUAACAUAUUAACAUUAAGUUACUCUGUUGACAUUUUAUAUUUCUGUGAAAACUGGAUGAGCUCUGUACAUGUUCAUACAUGCUUUGAGCAAACUCAAAGUCGAUUUUCUUAUCAUUCAUGCUGUGGUGUCAUUCUUUCCUAUCUGUGCUCUCUCUGGGAAAGCACUGAAUGAAGCAGAUCAUAAUCUCAAUUAAAAUGCACAUAUUGUCUGGGAAGCAUUCAGAAAGGGAAAGAAAUGUUUUGUGUCUUACUAAUAUGCAGUGUUUACAUUUGUCUUUAUGUUUACAUAUUUGUGUUUUCAGUUAAUAAACAAAUUGUGCAUGCUUUAUGAAAAUUUGUUAUCUGCAGCUGAAUCUGCACAUUAACACAAGUGCAAAUCAGAAGUCUGAUAACAAGAUUUUUUUUUACACAUGGCC